AGCGGCCAGCUAUAUAGGAUUUCGUCGCGUCCGACUACUUAAAAGCAGCCAUUCCCUGCCGGAUAAAUAUAGUUCACGCUGGACUCCAGCAGAGUUGCCCCUUUCAGUUAGCAAAAAUCCACCUAAAACAUAUUGAGACCUUGAUUGUUGGAGCUACUAGCUUUGGAACAACACCAGAAGCUGCUGCUGGAAACAAGAACGUUGUAAGACUAUAAUACCCAAUAAAAUGGAGGUCUCCAGUCACGUGACAAAUCUCGAUAUACUCUGUGGAACACACCCGAUCAAGAGUGCUGUGGAAUUCUUAAAUUUCCCAAACAUUGACGUCUUCGCCUCAGUCUAUCUUCGAACUCAACAGUCGGCACUGACCUGGAUUCUUUUAGCUGAGUGCUGCAGCAUCGCUCCCGCGUUCAAACUCCAUUUCUUAUUUUUUUUUGCAGGUCGUGUCCCGUGGGACUAUGCUAUUGGCUCUUUUCUUGGCGAUUGGAUAUAGUUGACAAUUUUCCUUGAAAUUGUUUUCCGACCGACCGAGAAAUGGAGGAAUCCACUUAUUCAAUUCCCGACGACAGAUUCAGUUAUCAAUCAUCUGAUGAUUAUAAUUACAAUUACCGACAAUCGCUCAACAUGUCGUUCACAUUCGGAGAUCAUAACUUGGAAUCGGGGAAAUAUCAGUACGACGCCCUUCCCGUCAACAACUCAGCUGGCGGUGCACGAUGCUCCCUGUUUAACUCGACGGCAGCCAAAAUCGUCCAUCUGAUCGUAUUCGGGAUCGCCCUGCCCACUCUGUUCAUCGUCGUUCCUGUUUAUGCAAAAUACGUGCUCUACGCCGACACGGUCGUCACAUUCGGCGCCUCCGACAUGAGACUGAUGGACGGGCAUGUGUCUACAACUUGGUGCAAGAGUCAACAAAUUCAAAUGAAUAGUUCGUUUGACGCUUAUUUAAUGGCAAAUCGUCCGACACUCACUCCGAAAGCGCAAAUGUUAACUAUGACCCGACAUUUCGAAUUGGACGACGAUUUAAAAGAAUUCUGGGGUUUCUAUUUGCUUAAAGGUUCUGAAGUCACCGUCUCUACCUGCGCUCGAUACCUCGGUGCCAACGUCAUGCUUAUAAAAGGAAUCAACAGUUUGAAAUUUUGCGCGUAUGUUGGCCGAGAAUCGAAAGAAGACGAAUCAAACGAGAUUUUAGGUCUGGAGAAACACAAAUUAGCCGAGCAAUAUCAAUUAGAGACGGAUGACGACGGCGAUUUCAGAGCCCCGGCUCCAGCUCUGUUCAAACAGCCAGCCAAAAAAGAUAAGGACCGGAUUUUACAACUCAUCAAGUCGCACAACGAUAAACGUCGCCUCAUCAAAUUAUUAGAGAGGAAAAACAUCAACUCGGAUCGGAAUGACACGCUCGUCCCAACCGAAGUCGUCGAGAAAGUGGAAAAAGCUCUUCAAAAAAUCCUGCAACAAGAAAUCGAGUCCUUGUAUCAGGAAGUCAAAAGUAUCAUUGCGGCAAACAGCACAAAGCCGGCGAGCAAUACCGACGCCACAAAACAAAAGGCAGCCAAAAAUCGAUGGCCGCUUAAGCCUCUGAACAACCAAGGAGCCAAACUGUCGGCCGUCAUCAACGAAGAAGUCGAUUCUGAGGAGGACGCUGCUUACGAGAUGGACGAGUUGAGUCUAAACACGACUGCGGACGGCAUUGCCGACGAUCGAGGCACUAUUGAUCACAACCACUUCAACGACACUUCCCUGUCCAAUGAAGAGUCUUCCUUCUCCAGCAGUGAGGAGGCCAUGCUCCAUUGUAAAGGAGUUAUCCUCAGCCAGCCCCUUGUGCCCGAGAACCAAUGUAGUAACGACGUUAGUCCUCGUUACAACAAUAUCAAAUACACCAUCGAAGAGGAGGGCUACUAUUAUUUUAUAUUCUCAAGCGCAAAUGAAAAGGUUCGAAACAAGUUGUCGGUGAAAUUCGACCUGCUCAAAACUGUUUUCAACUUGACAGAGGCCACUGAUGUCUGCCACAAUUCGACUAGCUGCAAUUUCCCCCUCAGUUUUUACUCAUCGGAAAAAGUGGUCGUCUCGAUUCCGGUUCCCAACAGCAGCGUCUCGCAGGAAUGGGAUCGCACAUUUGUCGCCCGCGGUGUCUGCGAACCUCGGAUGCCUCUCUAUCUGACAUUUGUCCUUCUCGUGCCACUCUUUCUUGUAUUUUGUGCAUUCCGCUAAACUCUCUAAUUAUAUCGAGAUACUUGCUCCAUGGUAUGUUCUUAAACGUUAAAUGUGAUGUCCUUUUAGACGGUCAUGUCAUAAUAUUGAAGCGCAUUGGUCAAUAAAAUUACGGAAAUGA